GUCGGUGGCGGGAAAAGGGUGUGUGCUGUGUGUCCGUCGCUACCACUUUUACGUUUUCUUUAAGUGCAGGGAUAACUAUUUUGGUGUUUUUAUCGCUCGGUAUUCGUUAGAUUGUUGUGGAAGUUUGUGAUUGGGAAAUGUUCUGUAGACUUUCAAUAAAAUGACUUCUAUGGAAGAUGAGGUGUGCCAUAAAACAGGUGUGAUUUGCUCGAUUUUAAAAGACUGAUAAAGACUGGAAAGUGCGGAACCUACUCCAUGAAGUUCAGUUGUGAAUAAUCAUUUUCUUCUAAUCAUUUUCAGUGACGAAAAAGUGCCGUUGUGUAAUACAGUACUCGGAGAUGUAGAAGCGCACGAGAUGAAGUGACUCGGUUCGAUAGGAUGCCCAUAAUGACGUCAGUGUCCCCUCCAGUGCGACCCCCCUCGACGAUUCAUGUGCUCAGAGACGUUACCACUGGUGCCUCCACGCUCACUCUAUAGUGUAUGCGUGUUUUUUUUCCGUUCAGCAGACGUUGUCCCUCGACUCGACCAUUCCGUAGAGUAGGGGGGAAAUACUCCCCUCUAUAGAUUGCCCCUGUUGCCCCUCAGGAGUGUUACCCUUAUCCCACCAGAAGGAAGAAAAAUAGGGAAGCCAUCAUUCGGCGUCUUUAAGGGCCCCUUGGGACUCUGCGGUAGGGCCUGACGGGAGCCAUGACUAACUGCUAAAGAAAGGAAAUUUUGGGGGGAUUUGGAAGACAGUGAAAAGGUCUUGGAAAGGGGCGGGGUCUCUGGUUGGAGCCGGUUUCCCCUUUGGUGGCUCGUGAAGAGGGGAACGGAUAGGCAAGGACAUGACGAGUCGCUGUUGAUUGUCCUCAUUAAUCCCUGGUGAUUAUUUUGUGGAAGAGAGGUGGCCGGGUGUGCAGCGCAUCCCCCGGGAGUGAGGAAAGGAGGAUCAGAGGAGGAGAUGAUGCAUGACCUGUGAGGAGGAGGAGGAGGAGUGUCUGGGGUUCACGGGGUUACAGGUGGCUCCUCAGGAAGCCAUGUGCGAUUGCUAAUAGGGAGGCGAAGUGUUCCUGAGAGGCCCCGGGAUUCGCGAGGCCAUGGAGCGAGAGGUCGAGCGGUGGUCUGCCUCCGAAGGCCUCUCCCACCUCCCUCGCUACCUCUUGAUGGCUGUGGUGCUCUCCGUGGUUCUCCCUCAUCAUGGCGCCCAGGGGCUCUGGACGGGAGAUUGUGAUAAGGCCCUGGGUAUGGAGUCAAUGGAGAUCCCAGAUGAGGCCAUUACUGCGUCCUCCGUUCACGACCAUAUCGUAGGACCCCACAAUGCAAGAGUUCGCACCGACAGAGAAGGUGGCGCCUGGUGCCCGAAGGGUCAGCUCAAUGAGACCUCCAGGGAAUAUUUGGAGGUGGACCUCGGAGGCGUGCACGUGGUCACCGAGACCGGGACUCAAGGGCGUUUCGGCAACGGCAAAGGGCUCGAGUACACCGAGUCAUACCGCAUUGAAUAUUGGAGACCUGGUUUGUCGGACUUCAUGAGAUACACCGACGGCUAUGGGAAUCAGACUUUUCGUGGGAAUGUGAACACCUACUUGGAACGCAGGAACAAGCUGUCGCCUCCUCUGAUGGCCAGUAAGCUUCGCUUCAUUCCAGUAACUUCUCAUCCAAGGACCAUCUGCCUCAGGGUUGAGAUCUAUGGAUGCAACACUACUGGAGGCGUCGUAAGCUACAGCACCAUAGAUGGCGGCACGAGGGAUCCAGGAUUUCUUUUGGGAGACGAUUCAUAUGACGGUCUCAAUGGGCCCGGUCUCCUCCGCCACGGCGUAGGCCAGUUAUACGACGGCGAACUCGGCAGGCCCCUUAACAACCUGCAGUUGCAGGCCUACGGCAGAGGCAAAGGUUGGGAAUGGGUCGGCUGGUCAUCCAAGCAACUAGAAGACAAACCCAUCAAGAUCAUCUUCACCUUCGACACCAUGAGGAAUUUCUCAAGCAUUACCUUCUAUGUUUUCUCGGCUCCCGAGGACGAUUUUAAGGUACCAACGAAGGCCGAGAUAUUUUUCGGAGAGGACGAGUCUCACUAUCACAAGCAGCCCCUGAGUUCGACAUCGACCUGGCCUGAAAACCUCCCCGUUGGAGGUCACAAUAUAACCCUUGACCUCAGACAUCGAACGGGGAAAGUCCUCAAGGUUUUCCUUCACUUCACCGGCCCAUGGCUGGCUAUCAGUGAAGUCUACUUUGAGAGUGAGCCGUGUGUCUGUAACCUAACGGACUGGACAGAUGGCGAGACCUCCUCUCCAGCAGAACACACAGCAGGUCGACGCGACGAUUCCAGAGACGUUUCAGCAGUUUCUGCAGUGCACGCCCAUACCCGCGCCUACAUGGGCGUGGUCAUUGGCUUUGUAGUGGCCGUGUUCUUGCUGGUAGCAGCCGGUUUGCUCAUCUACGUGAGGCGCCUCAGGAAGAAGAAGUCGUCGCCUCACGUGCUCAAGAGUCCCCUCUCCGACACUGCCAGCGUCGCCUUCGACAUGAAGAGCCUCCGGCUGGCCACGAGCUACUCGGGCGCUGGUGCUGCCAUGUACGGCCCCGUCGCUGUGCCUGACGAAGAGGGUUCCCUCUACCACGAACCUUACAAGACGCCACUCUUCAGUGCCUCCGAAUACAGCGUCGCCACCAUUGGGAGACACUUCAGCGAUUUCAGCAAAGAGAGUGCUGCAACACCCGCCCACCAGAGCAACGGCAGUGGUGUCGUGGGCGGAGAAUACGCAGUGCCUAUCCUCUCCACGCCCCCACCACAGUUCAACACCAAUGCCAGCACCCCGUUCAGUACAACGCCCAUCAGCGCACCACCCACGCCCUUCACGCAUGCUACAACUCCCCAUUCUGCCUCAUCUACGCCUUUCAGCACUUCAGGCCCAGUACCUCCUACAACUCUUCCUCCAAAUGGGUUUCCAUCUAUGAUGAGACUGUGUCCUGCCCCGCCCCCGCCGCCAGUACCCCCACCACCUGAGAAAUACCUCACACCACCUGUUAUUUGUAAGGGCGUAAGCGUGGUGGGUCCUUGCGGCCUCACCCAGUACCGAAUAGAGGGCAUGAGUACCCUGAAGGCCAGGAGCCCGAGGGAAGUGCCCCGACAAGCAAUCCACUUCGGAGACAAACUCGGAGAAGGAGAUUUUGGAACUGUUCAUUUAGGUGAUGUGGCAGGAAUUGGAGAAUUGGUUGACGCCACAGGGACGCUCACCAGUAUGAACGGCGUGGGCGGUAGACAGGCGGUUCUAGCCACAGUCAGCCAGGAUGCUUCACCCGAGGUGCGCGAGGACUGUUGGCGCGAAGCCCAACUUCUGGCUACCCUUUCCGACCCUAAUCUGGCGGGACUUAUCGGUGUCGUCAGCCGGGAUGAGCCCCUCACGAUCCUUCUGGAGUACCUGCCCCUGGGAGAUCUCAACCAAUUCCUCAGGAGGCACGUUCCAGACACAACUACCCCGAGGCUGAAUCAUAUGAGACCUAUCAGUUAUGGGUCGAUCAUCUACAUGGCGACGCAAGUGGCCUCUGGUAUGAAGUACCUGGAAUCUCAUAACAUCACACACCGUGAUCUUGCGACAAGAAAUGUGGUUGUCGGUCCUGGCCAUCUUGUCAAGAUCAGCUGCAUCGGAUCGUGCAGAUCGUUAUACGCUGGUGACUAUUACACAACAGAGGAACACAUUAGUCCUCUGCCUAUCCGGUGGAUGAGCUGGGAAGCUCUCUUCCUGGGUAACUUCAGCAGUCGAAGUGACGUGUGGUCGUUCGGAGUAACGCUUUGGGAGAUGCUCACCCUGGGAAGGCAGACGCCCUACGAAAGGCUCUCUGACGAAGGAGUCAUUGAGAACUUAGCUCAUUUCUACCACGACGACGGUGGAGAGAUGUUCCCAACUCAACCGGCUCUGUGCCCUCGGGAGAUCUACGACCUCAUGAAGGAGUGCUGGAGACGCAACGAGGCCGACAGGCCCAACUUCAGGGACAUUCACGUGUUCCUCCAGCGGAAGAAUCAAGGAUACUCGCCCGAGGCGUGAAGGAUGCGGUGGGUGACUAUAUAUGGAAACUCCUUGGAUGACAUCAUCUUAACAAGGAUCGGGUGAAAGCACCGUUCCAAAGGAGAGGAAUGGUACGAAGACGAGAUUGCUUUCAGAAAGCAGACUGAAAAUAAGCUGAAAGAUUUUAUGGAUCUCAUGGCAUAGAUUUAUAUAUAGAUUAAAAAUGUGAUAUGAAGUGUUCGUUGGAAGCAGAAGUGUUACAACUCCUCAACAAGAUCGCCUUACCGAAGUGUAACAUUAACCACUGAAAUGGAUUCUGCUUAAGGAAGUGCUAAACUGAUUUUGAAAUAUUUUAUGGUUUCAUUCAUACACACGCACAUUUUACACACACACACACACAC